GAAAAUUAACAGCUGGUAAUGGCUUUGACAUUUGAUCGCUCGGAUUGUGGCUAGUUUGGUUUUUGGACUAUGGAGUGUUGGAGUUUGGUUAUUUAUUUUCUAAACAUUUAGAUAGAGGUUUCUGCAUACUUCAGUAAAGUAUAGUAGAUCAUUAAAGUGGAAAAUACCAGUUCUGGCGGAUGGUGUGCAGGGAAGGUCUUCGUGGUUGCAAAUGGUGAGGGGAGAAUCUGCUUUUAACAUUUGGCUUUGAAUAGUGGUAUGAUUUAUAUAAUUGAGUGUUAAUGUUAAAUUAAACAUACUUUUAUACAUUUAUUCUCCAACACACCCAUUUAAGAUACAAUAAAUGAUUCGAUAGAAUGGAAGUGAACCCGUUGAGCAUUAUUAUAGUGAAAUCAGAUAGUAAAGGAGAUCGACUCCUUUUCCGAUAUCCCUAUAAAGUGGAAACUCAGAACGACAUCAGCAGCGAAAGUAAACGUCGCAACCCCUAUUCGAUACUAAUAAAUGACGAUGUUCUCCAAAAUGCACAGCAACAAACAUCAAAUAUUCACAAUGGACAACUGUCCGGUUUUCCCGAUGAAGUUCUUUCCACCCUUUUUGCUGUAAAAUCAGAACUAUGCAACAGAAAAUUUGAGUUGAAAGUAAACGAUGUCCGCUUUGUUGGUCAUCCGACCCUAAUGCAAGCCAAGGAAAGCAAAGAGGAUACAUCAUUUAUUCUAAUAAAUAUCGUAUUCGCACUAUACGCGCAGGCGAGUUAUUCCAUAGUAACAUGUUACUAUGAAUUGAGCAAGAAGCUUGGAUAUGCAUUAGUGCAUGAAGAGAAUCGUGUAGGCUAUUUAUCUGAAGAAAUGAAUCUCAUGGUGAAAACGCACGAUGAAAUCGCAGCGGUUAUUGAACAAGAUCGCGGGAAAUCGGAGUUGGAAGCAUUCGACCUAGUCUUGGAAAGAUCAACAUUAGCACAGUGCCUUAAGUCAAUAUAUCACGAUCUUUGUACGACCGGACUACUAAACAUUACCAUAAAUCAAUUCGUAACACUAUGCUUCUGCCUACCACAAAAAGCCCAUCAAUUCCAUAAGAAAGGUGUCAUCGUCGAACCGGAAACCAUAGAUCGAUGUUUACAUUCUUUGAAACCAUACCAUGGAAUGCUUUUGUUGGUUAAUUUUGCGGAACUGCUAGAUUGUGUCCCGCCAUCGGGUGCGUUGAUGCUUCUUAAAUUAAUUGAAGUAUAUAAUCCAUUGAAAAGCCUCCAAAACAUGGCUUCAGAUGCAGAUCUUCCGAUUGACCAUGUUUAUGAACUUGUGGGUCAUUUAGUAUAUUGGGCGAAAGCAACCAUCAUAUAUCCAUUGUGCGAAACCAAUGUGUAUGUUAUUGCUCCUGAUGCGCCUCUUUACACAAAUUCGCCAUUGGUUGAGAAAUUUUCCACAGAGUUUCCAGGAAUGUCUUUAUUUGAAGUGAUUAGCGAUUUUUCACUGCCAACGUCUAUUGGGCAUCUCACUACGCCAUUACAACAACCCGCACGGCAAGGAAUAUUAGCUCAGAUGGUUUUAUGGAUGCUGCAGCAUCAUUUACUGAUGCAACUGCAUACAUACGUUCAAUUCAUGCCGAAUGACCAUGGGGAAUGUGAUGAAAUAUCAACGGAAUAUGAGCUCGGUCCGACAGUCGAUGAAAAUCAUAGUGAAAUGUCCCUUGAUAAUGAUGACGAUAUAAAUGCCAGCUCUCUUUUGAGCAUGUCUAGUCAACCACUGCCCGUACCGAAUACCAGCCACAGAUCAAACACUGAAGAUCAAUUUUCGGCUGCUGAUUCGACCGUCUCUGACAAUAUUGUAGCGCAACCAUCAUCCAGCCAUAAAUCAAAUUUUAGCAUGACACAAUCGGCAUCUCUAAGUUCUGAUAACUGUGAUAGUUUGGCGUCAGUUGAAGACGAGGAUAAAAUUAAAGAGCUAUUAAAUGUCUUCCAAGAACAAGAUCGCGCUGCUGUACGACGCAUUCCGGCCGCAUCGAAUCCCGAAGACUUGGCAUUGAUGGUUAAGCUUUGGCAAGCUGGUUACUUCAAAGGUGAACACCAUCUAGAAGAGAUUAUGUACUUUGAGAAUCUACGCCGAUCUCAGCUGCUUCAAUUAUUAGAUAAGUUCCGUGAUGUUUUGAUAAUCUAUGAAACGGAAGAUCCGGCCAUUGCGUCUUUGUAUUCGCAAAGUUAGCUAAGGAAGCAUAAAUUCUGCUUGACUUGAGGCCUACUUAUUUGUUAAUUGCAUUAUCAAAAUUUGAGAUUUUGUAAGUUGUUAUUCAUUUUGUUUUAUGAUUCAUAAUAAACAUAAUAAAUUUAGUCAGAUGCA